UUUCUUUCCACGGGAACCAAAGGAACUAAAACUAAGAGAUCUAAACCUAAGUUUGCGUCAGAUUUUAAACAAGAUGCUGCUCAACUACUGAAACGAAACACUGGCAUUUCAAAUAUUGUUGCAAUCACAGCUUCGGCAGAAUAUCUUCUUCCUGAAAUCAAUCGCCAUAAAAUUGACAAGCUCGAUAAGGUUUCGAAUCAAGUCAAAACGUUCAUUGAUAAAAUGCGUGACGUUGUUGAGAAUGAAAAGGUUGCAACAGGCACAGACAAAUCUAAAACUGACACAUUAGUGGAUGAUCUGCUUCAUAUCGCCGACUUGAAUGUCUGGCUUUUAAAAAUACUAAUAAUCAUUAAAGAAAAGCCUUAUAUUUCGGCAGACCUCGAAUUUGUGGUUGCUAAUCGAAAAUUAAAUAUGGUGGCUGUAGAGGAUAAACAUAUUAAAAACAUCUAUUCACCAAGUGGUUUCAGGGAAACACAAAUUGCCGCAAAUAUUAUUGCUUGUGAAGAUGAGAAUAUACGUGCUACUGAUGAUAAGGAACCUAUUGAUGAGACCAUAUUUGCUAUACGCGUUCUUUCAACGCACGUGACAUUUUACAAGGCAUCGGGAGAAAACUCUAAGCGGAAAGGUUUGGAUCUAGUAGAACCAAACAGGAGAAAAGCGGUACUAGAAGCGUUAGUUAAUAUUCGGACAGGUGAAGAAAAUACACCGGCCACAUCAAUGCCAAAUGUAUCGCUUAAAAAGGAUGAUGAAUAA